GGGGGUUCUGAAGAAGAGCUGGUGGAGGGAAGACGUUCUUCUUCCCCGUCGUGGUGUGGAAAGGUGUUUACCUCUUGUACUGCACAGCUGGACUCCAGCUGCCCUCCCACACUUGUGAGAGCAGACGGCUCCAUUGACUUCCACCCAGUCCAGUUCAAGGUGUACCGCCACACGACCCUCCCCCCUGCCGGCAAGCAGUCCUCCCUCCCCUGGCCCCUCCCCUCCUUCUUCGGAACCCUCGGAUCAGCUCCAGCAAGCCGGCGACUCCGCCCAUCGUUAGCUCGGCAGGGGUGGGGCCGCAGACUGCGGGCCGAAUCCAGCCUCCACUCCCUCGGCGUGUUCUCUACUACUAUGCCGCCUUCACUGGUGCCACUGCUGUUGCUGAGAUGAGUGAGUACAUUGAGAAGGUGCUACACGUGAAGUCAGAGGACCUCAGACUCUAUGACCUGACGGACGAGGAGAACCCUGUUCAUCUGGACAACGAGACCAGGACUGUGGAAGAUCUCACGUUCACCGACGGACAAAAACUUCUCAUAGAAACUCGAAACAAGGACAACUCCUGGCCGGAGGAGAUCAUAGCCCUCAUGAAGGAGGUCAGAGCCAAGGACAAGGAGAACAAGGACAAACACGAAGACAACAAAUCUUCAGAUGUGCAGGUGCCUCACGGAGCCACCGGUCUGAGUAACCUUGGCAACACGUGUUUCAUGAACUCUGCCCUCCAGUGUGUGAGCAACGUCCAGCCGCUCACUGGCUACUUCAGAGAGAGGGACUAUCUCGUGGAGAUCAACAAGGACAACCCCCUGGGAAUGGGUGGUGUGAUGGCCAAGAGAUAUGGGGAGCUGGUUCAGGACCUGUGGAACGGUCACUUCAAGAGCAUCACUCCACUCAAAUUCAGGUUCACGGUGGGGAGAUGUGCUCCGAGAUUCAAUCGGAUUCCAACAACAAGACGCCCAGGAGCUGCUGGCCUUUCUUCUAGAUGGACUACACGAAGACCUUAACAGAGUGAAGGAGAAGCCGUACAAGGAGCUAAAAGACAGUGAUGGUCGUCCUGACGACGAGGUGUCGCGGGAGGCGUGGGACUACCAUCUCUCCCGAAAUCAGUCCGUCAUCGUCGACCUCUUCCAAGGACAGCUGAAGAGUGUGGUGAGGUGUAAGGUGUGCAACUACAAGAGUGUGAGGUUCGAUCCCUUCACCUUCCUCUCCCUCCCGCUGCCCAUGGAGAGCACCAUUAACAUCGAGACCGUCGUUGUGAGACUGGACGGGAGUCAGCCGGUGAGAUAUGGCCUGAAACUGGAGGUGGACGACAAGUACAGAGCUCUCCUGGCGACCCUCUCGCGACUCACUGGGAUCAAGAAAUCGAACCUCCUCCUCGUCGAGAUGUUUGGGGCCACGAUACGUAGUUUUCCUCCUGAUUCGACGAAGAUCAGGUCGCAGCUGGGAGGCUGGCUGUACGCCUUCGAGAUCCCCGACCCUCCCCCGCCUCCCAGCUUCCGUACAACCACCACCUCCGUCCCCCUUCCCUCCCUCCAACCACCUUCCCUACUAGCUUGUACCUCCUCCUCCUCCUCCUCCUCGCGUCCACAACACUUGGGACCUGCUUCCUCGACUACCACUCCUGACGAGGAGAGGGAGAGAGGCAGAAUAGAGGAGGGAGGAAGUGGGGAGAGGGGAGAGGUUUGUGAUAGUGGGGAGGAGAGGGGUGCUGAGGUGGCUGGGAACCCAGGGAGUCUACACGGCAAGGAGGAAGACAAGGAAGGAGGGGGAGAAGAGGGGAGAGAAGAAGGAGGUGGAGGGAAAGAGAAUGGGGAUGGUGGUUUGGAUGCUGGUAGAGAGAGAGAAGAGGGUGACACGGGUCCACCAGGGAGACGGUUGCCUAGUAACUCUUCAAUUGAUGGAAGCGAUGACACGGAGUGUGGGGUGGGGGUGGAGGGGAUUAGACCAUCGCUAGACCGGCCGCUCGGCUCUCGAGACCCCACCCCUCCCAUCCUGUUGGCACCGGAGGACGAUGACCGGUUGCCUGCCGCGGUGGUUGUCGCCGACGACGUAGAGGUGGGGGUGGAGCCCGAGUCACAUGACCCGGGUAGGGGGGUGGAUUCAUCGGCUACGUCGCCACUUCACUCUGGCGACAUUCACGAUGGAUUCAUCUUCGCCGUACAUCGCAAGAAGUUUUUGAUGGAGCAGUAUUUCGUGGCGAGCCAGAAGAGUCGACCGGUGUUGUUUGGGACCCCCUUGGUCGUCCCGUGUAUGCCAGCCACUCCCUGCAGACAGGUGUACGAACUGGUGUGGCAGAGUGUGAGGAGACUCAUCAUCCCCGACAUACCAUCCUCCGAGUCAAAGGAGAGAAGAGGCUACCCGUUCAAACUGUCACUGGUAGGGAAAGACGGGCUCUCCUGUGCAGUCUGUCCCUGGCACAUGUUCUGCAGAGGCUGUCCAAUAGAAUGCAAUGACGCUGCCAUUGGUGACUCCUCCCCAUACAUAGCCAUUGACUGGGACAUCAACAUACUCCACCUCAAGUACCAAUCUGCCCAGGAAAGACCAGUGGAACAUGAGAGUAUGGAGAGCCUGAAGACAAUGGACCUUGACCCCAUUGACCUCUACCAGUGUUUCAAGGCCUUCGUCAGAGAAGAUGACCUCGGAGACGAGGAAUGCUGGUACUGCAAGCAGUGUAAGACGCACCAGGAGGCGGUCAAGAGUCUGGAGAUAUGGAGACUGCCACCCAUUCUGAUCAUCCAUCUGAAGAGGUUCCAGUUCUUCAACGGUAGAUGGGUCAAAUCCCAGCGAAUAGUUCGUUUCCCGACUUCCAACCUUGACCCUCUCCGCUUCACCGCCCAGAACGGGAACCAGAAGAGAGCCGAGAACGGAACGGAGACCACCAUAAGCGGCACAGAGUCGCGUGAAGACCAGGAGAGACCGGAGAAUGGAAUAGAGACUGCCGCGAGCAGCAAGGAAGACUCGCGGAUAGAGAACCCCUUGCUAUCCGACACGAGACCCGAUAUCGCAAACACUUGCACCGUGAUGACUCAGCCCCUGGCCAACGGUGGCAGGGGGCACCCUACAAUUAGCAAAGACCCGCAGCCGGUUGCCCCGGUGAUGGAGGCCAUGUCUCAGCAGGACCAGCUGGAUAAGUCUCUGUACAACAGAGAAGGCAAUGUCUACAAUCUGGUAGCCAUUACUGUAAGUCUGAUUUCAGUUACGAUGUUGCUAAAUAGUACCAUGUACAUAAUGUCUCUCCCUCCCUCCCUCCCUCCCUCAUGUUGUGCAGUGUCACACGGGUGUUCUGGGAGGAGGUCACUACACGUCGUUCUGCAAGAAUCCCAACGGAAACUGGUACUACUACAACGACAGCUCUUGCAAGGAGACGUCGGAGGAGAGGGUCCAGGAAGAGUCCCCCUACCUCCUGUUCUACGAGAUGAAAGACCUGGACCACUACUACAACCUGUUCAGAGCUCAGAAGGAGGGCAAGAGGCAGGACAUUGGCUCCACCGAGGACGACAAGGCAUACGAGGAAACCAUCAAACAUCUCAGACAGAAGUGUUGCAUUCAGUAGUACUGCUGUAUGCUCCAGCAAAACCCUCAGCAAAAUAGUCUAUAUAUCCUAUUUUUUAUCUAUGUUGUUUGUUGCUGUUCUUCUGUGAAUAAAGAUUGAAGAGUUUUUACUUUCUAUAUAUAUACUCAGUGCUGCAGUGUUGAUCAUG